AUGGUCUUUGCCGACGUCGCCGGUCGAUAUGGAAAAGGAAUAUUGGAGCCAUUCUUGCGAACCAUCCUGCGCUACCGAAUUGCCAGCAUGAAUGCAGACAUACAGCUCGUUUCAUCUCCAACGACCUGGCUGCAGGAGCCUGUCGUUUCAUCACCAACGUGCUUGCUCGUUGCGGAGAUAGCGGCAGGUGGGAUAUAUCUAAAUCUUGUCGCAGAUCAUAGUCAUGAGACCCCUGCUGCAAAAAAAGAAAAGUGGCCCCUGCAAGUCCUCAAAGCUACGGUCGGAUACAUGUCCGGCACAAUCCAUAUGGUGCAGACCUCGCUAUCAGAUCUCAUCUACACUCGUCACUGGGGCACGGCCAUUUUCAAAUGA